CUUCUCAGCGAAGUACCAGGCAUGCAUUGGCAUCGAGGAUGUAGCUGUACUAAAACGAACAAGCCCCUCAGACUACCUACAAAUAUGCUUUUAGUUUGCCAACUCUACAGAUAGCCAUUCAGAUUUUAUUUGUAAUUUGAUCCAUUUUAAUCGGGAUCACGCACACAGCCUUGUGAUCUGGCAAUCCUCUCUGGGACAAACUCUUGGCCACUACUAGUACAGACAGGCACAGCAGGUCACAGCUACAACGGCCUGAGAUGGACCCACAGGGGGGAGGAGGCCGGGGAGGGUCGUACUCCACCACCCCUCCUGUCACUGCUCCUCUCCAGCCCGUGCUGUGUUCCGUACCUGGAGACCUCGCUGAAGAGUGGCACUACCUGAGAACACAGGUGUUCCCCCACCUGGACGCCCUCUGCCAGGCCAGAGGCACCUGCUUCAGACCAUUGGACACCCAGUGGGGUGACAGGGAGAGCCAUCGUCCCUCUGACCUCCCUGACAAUAGUAACCUCCUCUCCUCCCAGCAGUUGAAGAUCAGUCUAGACCUCAUCACCCGCUCCUCCUCCUUCCUCUGCCUCCUGGGCCACCGAUACGGCCCCUCCAGGCCGGAGCAGGACCCCCCACCUCUCCCAGCUGCUGGUCCAGAACGAGAAGCUCUCUCUGGGGUGGAGAGGAACCUGCAUGUUGCAGCGGAGGGAGGCUACCCCUGGGUCCUCACAGGGAGGAACCAGAAGUGCUCCCUGACAGAGCUGCAGAUCACCCAGGCAGCCCUGAUGGGUGACACCAGACACUGCUUCUUCUACUUCAGAGACUACUCUGAAGUAGAGGAGGAUGAAGACAGGUACACAAAUGAAGAAGGUCAAAGGUCAUUGCUGAGUGUGUUCUCCAAACAGACAGAAGAGGAGAGACACAGAGCCAGGGAGCUGAAGAACAGGAUAGUGGACAGCCUGCAACCUGUAAGGUUCUUCAGAACGCUGCAGGAUCUGGGGGACCUGGUGAAGAGGGACUGGAGGGUUCUCAUGGAACAGCUCUAUGGGACCCUGGACCAGCAGCCAACCUGUUCAGGCCUCCUGGACUCCCUAGAUAGAUGGUAUCAUGAAGGUGCUGUCCAGUCUCUGUGUCGAUCGUUUGCCCCCUCCACCCAGACCACUGCUGUCAUGGAGGCACUUAACACAUUUACUGCCUCUCUCACUCAUUCUGACACAUCUCAGAGUCUAGCAACCUCAAGGAAUUCAACCAUUAAGUUAACAGGUGACCAUGACAAACGUGAUUCAGAGGGGUCUAUUUUCCUGCUCUGUGGUGAGAGCGGUUGUGGGAAGUCCUCACUGGCCACCUGGUGGCUUCAGGAGUUCCGGAAGAAGAACCCUAGAAUCCCAGCCAUCCCUCACUUCUGUGGAAUCAGCAGCUCCAGUGUGGAUAUCAGAUCUGUACUGAGACACAUCACCACUGAGCUACGCCUGGCCCAUUACGGUCCCCAGGCUGAGUGGAGUGAAGGGUUGCAGCAUCAUGUAAAGCCCAGGUCAUUCCAUGUUGUGGUUCAGGCCUUCUCUGCUGCGGCUGCUCUAGGACCCUGUGUUCUGGUUCUGGAUGGACUGGACAGACUGACCGGGUCCCUCGGGCUCUCAAUGCAGGAGGUGAAGGACCUACGCUGGCUCCCUGACCUUUUGCCUCCCCAGUGUAAGCUCCUCAUCACAGCGACCUCCACAGACCUCACCUACCAGAGGCUGACCCUCCGCAAAGACGUUCACACCCUCCCCUUGCCCGGCCUGUCAGACCCCUGGGUCCGCCGCAGCGUCCUACUCCAACACCUUACCCUGCCCUGCCUGGAGCCACACAGGACCCUGCUGCAAUUCAUCUUGGGGACCACUACCAAGCUGGGAAUGGGUCGCCUGCCGCUGUUCCUGGCGGUGGUGGCUAGCGAACUGCAGACGUGCUGUGUCCUGAGGGGAAAGGAGGAGGAGGAGGAGUUGAUAGAGGAGUAUGUAGAGGUGGAUUCUAUGGCAGAGCUGUGGGCCAGGGUGAUUCAGCGCUGGAUCAAUGACUAUGGUGGGGUCAAUGAGUGUACGGCCAGUCCAGCCAAAGGGACAGGAGGACCUACCUCUCAGGUGUCCAAGAUAGAUCUCAGAGGCUGGGUAUGGGACACUCUAUGCCUGGUUCACCUCUCCCAUGCUGGGCUGACUGAGGAGCAGGUCCUGGUUCUGCUGGAGGUUCUUGGUUACCCUGGGUCUAUACGGGUUCUACCUCUGGAGUGGGCCCGGUUCCGCACUGCUGCUGGGCCCUGGGUACAGGAGAGACCCAAUGGAACACUGAGCCUCACCCACCAAUCACUGGGCCAAGCCAUGGACCUCCUCCUGCUGAGGGUCCGGCCCGGUAAAGGUCCAGGGGGCUUGAGGAAGACCAGACGGGGCUACCAUCUCAGCCUGGCCCAGUUCUUCCAGAGGCAGGGCAGGGAGAUCUGUAGCUGGCCUCAGAUCCUGGAGGAGCUCCCCUGGCACCUGGAGCAGAGUGAGGCCUGGAGGGAGCUACACACCUUCUUCAUAGAUCCACAGACUGUAGAGCACCUGUCUACAAGUUGGAGCCAGUCUUCUCAGCUGAGAAUAGAUGUUGUCAGGUACUGGACUCUCCUGAUCCUCAGAGGUUAUGACCCCUACACCUCAUACCGGAGCCUGCUUGGUAAGGGAUGCCACCCUCCUACUCUUAACCAAUCAGGGCGAUGGGCAUUCCCUCCUGCUACACAUACAGAGCAGAGAGAGGUACACAGCAACAGGGCCUUCAUGACUGAGUCCCAAAGUGACGGCAACGGAAAUGGUUGUCAGUGGGAUCCAGGUGUGAAAGGGAGAGUGGAGUUGUUGGUCUCUGAGUUGCUGCUCUGUCUGAACAGGAAGGGGGAAGCAGAACAGCUCCUACUGCAGGCUGAGAACACACUCACACAGGCUGGUGAGAAGGACAGAGACAGGGAGAGUGUGAUGUUACUGCUUACAGUGCGGCAGACUUUGGCUGAGCUCUAUGUGGAGAUGGACCAGCACAGAGAGGCAGAGACACACUGUAGAUCAGCUCUGGAGAGCGCCCAGACUCUGACCACUACCUGCCUUGAGAGAUAUGAGGGAAUCACUGUUAGAAAGGGUAAGUUGCUUUGUGUACUCUGCCAGCUGCUGUUUGCAGACGGCCGAACCAUCGAGGCCUCUCAGAUCCUCAGUGACAUCAUCAAUAUGGGACACCACAAACUCCACCUGUGUGCUGAGGCCACUGUAUCACUGCUCUGUGGUAUACACAGACUAAUAAGCCUGCAAGACCCACAUGGUGCUGAGAAGCACCUCCAGGUUGCCUUGAAGAUCAGGAGGCGUUGGUAUGGUAGAGAGCACCCUCUAGUGGUGGAGGUGGAGGAGUGCCUUGCAGACGUCUGGGCCGACACCUGCGCUCACACAGCAGGGUUGAGGCAGAGGUUGGCAGUGGAGCUGUAUCGACACACGGUGCACGUCAAAGAUCAGGACAUGAAGCUUUGUUCCCCCACAUCGCCACGUCUUCAGGCGAAGGGAUGCAGCCUCGCAGUCACCUUGGUCAAACUUGGCAGGCAGAUAUUUCAUGGCUCCAGUAAGACAGAGAGUAGAGAGGCUGUUGAACUGCUGCAGAGAGCUCUGGACCUGUACAUCUGCUUCCUGGGGUCUGAUCACACACUGACCAGAGAAUUACAACAGAUUUUAAACACAGAAUCCAGGAGACCUUUGACCCCUCGGGUACCCAGGUCCAGACCCCUCUCCCACCUCUCCACUAGGAGGCUAAGCAGUGGGACCAGACCCAACACAGCCGCACCCCUUCACUCCCACCUGGCCUGGGACAGGGGCGUCACAUACACCUCUCUGGACCCCUCCGUAAACAGAUCCCUGUCAGCCCCGUCCAACAAGACCCUUCACACACAGCCAGAACCAGAUCCAGAACAGGAACCAGUCAAGAACCAAAACCACAGACAGAACCACCUUUCUUCUCCCAGGCCCUGGUCUGCCUUCCAGACCACAGUGUUCGGGCCAAAGAGUGACAUCAGAAACCUGAUCUCAGAACUCAAACCCAGACCUGCUUCAGCACCGGGCUUCCGUUCCAUAGACAGGACCCGGGUGCUGCAUAGGGCAGGCUGGUGCCACCUACCAGGCAGGUACCUUCUUGAGGAACGGACAGUAACAGCUUUAAACAGAGAGAUUGGAUCCCCUUUGCACACACAGAGAUGCACACCACUGGUCAGACAGACAGUUCAGGGACAGGCACAGGGAGGAGAACAGAGCUCGAGAGACAGAGUGUCUUAUUCUGCCAGGAGGCGCUAGAGAGAAGAGAAAGAUCUAGAGAAGACUGCUCUCAUGGUGACCACUGAACUGUUUUGAGUGUUUAUGCUAUUCUUUUACCACUUUUGAUACCAAUCAGCUGUUUUCUUUUCAAUACUGAAAUCUG